UGAAAACAUGAUUGGUGAAGUUGUGUUGACAAAUCGCGGAUUACGAAAGUUGCUGGGUGUGAACCUGAAGUGUCAGCUAUCUAACACAAAAUAUCAAGUGUUUCGCCGAGUUAUGUGAACAGCCUUGUAACCGUGGACUGACAGACUGAGGAUAAACUUUUGUCAACAGUUAGCUCCGUGCGGUGCCUGUCGACACGGCUUCAGCAGCUUAACGUUAGCUAGCUGGCUAACUGUUAGCUUCUCCCACCACCGGAGAGCUGACGACACAUGGUUCAUGAGAGAGCACAGCCGCUGUCAGAGAGUGCCGAGCAGGGACGGCCUUGACAUUAACAUGACCACAAACAAGGCACGAUAAACUGUCACAAGAGGGAGGAUCAGCACGAUGGAGACACCGGGCAGAAUCACUAGCUUCAACUUUUCAUAUGAGGAGGAGGAAGACCCGGAUUCUCCUGCUCUGUCCCCCGCAAUGUCCAUUGACAAGCUCUUCCCGGCUCUCUUGGAGUGCUUUGGGAUCAUCCUGUGUGGAUAUAUCGCCGGGAGGGCGAACAUCAUCACCUCCACCCAGGCCAAAGGAUUGGGGAAUUUUGUGUCCAAGUUUGCCCUCCCCGCGCUGCUGUUCAAAAAUAUGGUACUGCUGGACUUUGGUAAUGUCAUCUGGUCAUUUCUCUGGAGCAUCCUCAUCGCCAAAGUGACUGUGUUUUUCAUAGUAUGCGUACUCACACUGAUAGUCGCCAGUCCUGAGAGUCGCUAUAGUAAGGCUGGGCUCUUUGCAAUAUUUGCCACACAGAGCAAUGACUUUGCAUUGGGAUAUCCAAUAGUUGAAGCCCUAUAUCAGAGCACAUACCCAGAGUACCUCCAGUACAUCUACCUGGUUGCACCUGUGUCCCUGAUGCUUCUAAAUCCCAUCGGCUUUGCCUUCUGUGAGAUCCAGAAGUGGAAGGAUGAGGGAAACCACCAGCAGAGCAAACUUAUGAUAGUGGGACUUGUAGUUUUACAGGUCUUAAAGAACCCUAUUGUAUUCAUGGUUGUCAUUGGCAUCAUCGCCCACUUUGUCCUGCACCAGACAAUUCCUGCCUUCAUGGCUGAAUUUGUGGAUGGCUUGGCCAAUUCUUUCGGGGGAGCAGCUCUGUUCUACUUGGGUCUGUCCAUGGUGGGGCAGUUAGGGAAACUGACCAGAUCCACCGUUGUUACACUGAUAUUACUCAUUACCGCAAAACUGUUGCUAAUGCCCCUGAUUUGUAAGGACAUGGUGGAUCUGUUGGACAACAGCAACACCAGUACUUUGAACCACUCAAGCCUCUCCAAUUAUGCCUUUCUUUAUGGAGUGUUUCCUACUGCACCAAGUGUGGCUAUCUAUGCUGUCUAUUAUAACGCAGAGCUAGAAGUUGUAACCUCUGGGAUGGUGAUCAGCACUUUUCUCUCAGCUCCAAUAAUGUAUGUUUCUGCCUGGUUACUUACAAUCCGCUGGAAGGAUCCUCAGUUUUUGAUGAAUGCACUGCAGAAUGUCAGCUUUAACAUAAGCAUAGUGAGCUUAGUUGCACUGGUGUGGACAAUUGCUGUCAUGUUUUUAAGCAAGAAAUUCAAGAGGCUACCUCACAUGUUUACUGUCAACCUUUUCUUGGCACAGUUUCUGACUUGCAUUGGGAUGAUCCUGUGGAACUUUGUGGUGAAAGGAGACAACUUCAUCGGGCAGGUCUUGACUUUCACAUUAAUAUGUACCUCGCUCUACAGUACUUAUGUGUGGCCAGGUUUAAUAGCACUCUCACUUGUGCUCCUGAAAAGGUUUGAGGAUCUGAAAGUUUCACCAGCCAUGUUCGUCAUUGCAGGCUGGGGGAUACCAGCCUUACUAACUGCUGUCUUGCUCAUAUCUGGGGAAAAAAUGUCUGGCACGAUUGACUCAACAUUCUUUUAUGGCAAACAGCAGAUAAUCUGCACCAUAGUCGUAGUCGCCUUCAGCAUACUGCUGGGAGGGGGUUCACUUGUGUGUCUCAGUAGAGGAAGCUGGGCCCAGAGUGACCAAGUCCAAGAGGGAAACUCUUCAUCUGGCAGUGGAGAGAAUCUUGUGACUGAAGUUGAACCAGAAAACCAGACUCUGGUUGAGCCAGUCACCCCAUCAGGAGAUCUCAACAGAGCAUGCCUCAUAUGUGACUGUGAACAGCCGCAGCCCAUGCCUGACAUGAUCAUCAGCACAAAUAUGAACAACAUACCAACCACACUCACAGGUCCAUGUGAGAACAGGUGUGAGUCAACAGAGUGUCUGCUUGUCCAAGUGGAAGAGCUUCAACAGGUUGCAGAUAGACAAGUGGCCCGUCAUGUGCUCUUAUGUCUGCUUCUGACUGUCAGCUUGCUUGCUAACUUGUCCAGCUGCUUGUGGUUGCUAUUUAACCCCAUCCCUGGUAGACUCUACUUGGAGCUGCAGUUCUUCUGUGCUGUGGCCAACUAUGGACAGGGUUUUCUCUCCUUCGCUCUGUUUGGGCUGGACAAGCAUUUGAUUCUAUUACCAUUUAAGAAGAGGUUAUACAAUCUGUGGUAUGGAAAGAAGCGAGAAGAGCAGCUGCAGAGUGAUUUACCAGAGGAUGUCAGAAUGACCUGCACGCAGUUCACUAAAUACCACAAAGACCAGUGUUUUCAUGAUAUUGUUAAAAAGAGAAGGUGUGGAAAGAGGACUAUGGUGGACUGUUUUCUUGGCUGUGAACUUGUGGAGUGGCUUCAGCAGGUGGGCUUGGCUCAGGACCAUGGUGAGGCGGUACUCUAUGGGAUGCGGUUACAACAGGGCGGUGUGCUCCAGCACAUCAAGGAGGAAUACAGCUUCCAAGACAGUCGCCUGUAUUACCGCUUCAUGACAUAAGUCAAAAAGGUCAAAGUUGACAGCUGUUUAAUCCUAAAGGUACAUCCUGAGGUGGUGUAACAGGAGGAACAAGUAUUAGCACCCAGAUUUAAAAUUCUGUUUGCACUGCCAUGCUCUUGUCCACACCCUGUACAAGUACAGCAUUUCACAUUGCACUGUUGUGUGGCACAACAUCACAGUUGGAUGUUAGAACCGAACACAUCUGACCGUGAUGUAGGUGUGGUCAGAAGCACAACAGACUUGAAACUAAAAGGCCAGGGUACUAUGCAUUGUGUGGAGUUGGUCUUAAAGGGAAUUAGUAAAGUACAUGUAGAACAUGUAUCCUGAACAAUGUAUGGGGAAAUUUUUAACCUCCUUGUUAUUUCUGCCAUUUUACAUUUAAUAAUUCACAUUUUGGUAUUGUGGCACCAUUGCUAGUCAGUCAGGGCUGCCUGAAACUGAAAGUGAGACUAACAGAAGUGGCAGUUAUAAUCUCUUUUGUGGAAAAUCGAAACAUGGACCUAAUGCUUAAUACAGUGCAUUAAGAGUUUCAUCAGGAAGUCAGUCCUCAAAUUCUAACAAAUAUCUAUCACAGACAGAUUGGGCAAUAAUGCUAAGGUCUGUCACUUUCUGGCAGUUUAUUUACAUGUCUGUUCAUGUUCCUGAUUGACUCUUGUAGUAAUGUUGCUGCAUCCUUUAAUCUGCAAUGAAGCUGUUUAGUAAUAUUUUAACAUGAUGGGACUUAUUCCUAAAACUAGGCUAGACUAGACUUGAAUUAUUGUCAUGCAGUAAAUAUGUGUACUUGAAAUUUGAGUAGAUUUAUUUCAUGCCAUUAUGUGAGAAAUAAUCGACAAAAAAGGUGCCCUAACAUACCAAAUUAGAGGUGCAGGUGAAAACUCCCACUCAUCCAGUGAAUGCAUUUAUGUUAUAUUCAUACACCUCAGGUCGUAUUUUCACUCUUCUAUCAAAGCUACUUGCCAGAGGAAAGAAGGGAAGAUGAGUCUGAAUAUUUAUCCAUUUUUAUGUUUUUUUUGUUGCCAGUUUAAUUUAUAAUGAAAUGACUUUCACCAGUUAGUUAACUGGUAAUGUAGCAUGCAGCGUAAGUAUUGUUGCUUUGGUUACCUGCAGCUUAAUGUGACUUGACACUGACGUAGAACAGUUAUUACACUGUUUACCAGGACUAUGCGAGCAGUAUACACAAAGUAACUGGUUGGUUUGAAAAAAAAAAGUAUUCUCCAUAUUUCCAUGGCCUUCUUAUAAUUGUUUAAUUAUUUUUUAAUGACAACAAAAGCAAACUGUCUGUUGAAAAAUGGCCAUCUCCAUGAAUAAGUCCUGACCAUAAUGUGGUAGCAAGGCUCAAGGACUGAAUACCUGAAUACCUGAAUAUGUGUCAGAUCUAAGUGUUAAUGGAUAUGGUUAUUUUAAAGUGUUCACCUUGACUCUGUCAAACACAGUAUCCUCCACAUAAACAUUAUGAACUUGGAAGUCUCAUGAAAGUGAGUUAAGUGCGAGCUGCUGUAAUUCUAAAUUUCUCUCAGGUUUAUAGUAAUAUAAUUAAAAAUCUUUUUUUAAGUGCAAAGUUUUGUGUUUAUUUGUGUAAUAAAAAAAAUGUGUAAAAACAUUUGUUGAUAUUUUUAAUAAAAAUACUUUAAUAGAA